AUCUCACGCGCUAUGACUUCGCGUUGACUUCACGCCCUUCCCCCUUCCCCAAUCCUCUUCGCCGUUUCUCUGUUUCUCAGGGGUCUUCAACCCUUCAAUGGCCCGCCCUCUCAUAACCUGCGACUGUUGGGAACAGUGACUCUCUCAGGGCAAGAACCCAGCAUGUUCGUCUCCGACAAGCCUCGACCGAUCGACUUCUACAAGGACAACGACGAUUCCUCUGCCGUCGCCGCACGCGACAUGAUUGUCGAAGUCACUGCCAACGGAGAUCUGCCGCCGCAUCACCACCAUCACCACCACCACCAUCACCAGCUCCACCAAGCUCAGCAGCAGCAACAGCAGAUGAUCCUCGGAGACAGCAGCGGCGAGGACCAUGAGGUCAAGGCCCCGAAAAAGCGCGCUGAGACGUGGGUUCAGGACGAGACUCGGAGCUUGAUCGCGUUCCGGAGGGAGAUGGACAGUCUCUUCAACACGUCCAAGUCGAACAAGCACCUGUGGGAGCAGAUUUCGUCGAAGAUGAGAGAGAAAGGGUUCGAUCGUUCGCCAACGAUGUGUACGGAUAAGUGGAGGAACCUGUUGAAGGAGUUCAAGAAGGCGAAGCAUCAGGACAGGGGAAGUGGAUCCACGAAGAUAUCGUACUACAAGGAGAUCGAUGAGAUUCUCAGGGAGAGGAGCAAGAAGGCGGCACAGUAUAAGAGCCCUACACCCUCUUCCAAAGUUGAUUCCUUUAUGCAAUUCACUGACAAAGGUUUUGACGAUACCAGCAUUUCUUUUGGAUCCGUUGAAGCCAGUGCCAGGCCAGCACUUAACCUUGAAAGGCGCCUUGACCAUGAUGGGCACCCUCUCGCCAUUGCUACAGCUGAUGCAGUUGCAGCUACUGCAGUUCCUACUUGGAAUUGGAGGGAGACACCUGGAAAUGCAGCGGCUGAUGGUCAAUCCUUUGGUGGGAGAGUCAUAACUGUGAAAUUUGGAGAGUACACGAGAAGAAUUGGAAUUGAUGGUACUGCAGAAGCAAUCAAGGAAGCCAUCAGAUCUGCUUUUAGGUUGAGAACCAGGCGAGCUUUUUGGCUAGAAGAUGAUGAACAAGUCGUACGGAGUCUUGACCGAGACAUGCCCCUUGGCAACUACACACUCCAUGUCGAUGAAGGGCUGGCCAUAAAGGUGUGCCAUUACGAUGAUUCCGACCAGUUGCCAGUCCAUACAGAAGAGAAGAUCUUCUACACGGAAGAAGAUUACCGCGAUUUUCUGGCACGGCGCGGAUGGAGUUGUCUGAGAGAGUUUGAUGGGUUUCGGAACAUAGACAAUAUGGAUGAUCUUCAACCUGGUGCCUUGUAUCGAGGAAUGAGAUGAGGGGGAAUUUCCUGUUCAGAACACUUCUUACCCUUGCAAACAUGGUCUCUGUACAUAUAAAAAUCUCCUUUUUUCUC